AUGCCGCCGUUCCUGGCGCCCCUGCUCUGCCUGGCGCUGCUGCCCGCGCUCGCCGCACGAGGCCUGCGAUGCUCCCAGCCAGGGGAGACCUGCUUGAAUGGCGGGAAGUGUGAAGUGGCCAGCGGCACCGAGGUCUGCGUCUGCAGUGAGGCCUUUGUGGGCCAGCGAUGCCAGGCCCCCAACCCGUGCCUCAGCACCCCGUGCAGGAAUGCCGGCACAUGCCACGUGGUGGACCGCGGUGGCUUGGUGGACUACACCUGUGUCUGCCCCCUGGGCUUCUCUGGGCCCCUCUGCCUGACGCCCCUCAACAAUGCCUGCCUCACCAACCCCUGCCGCAACGGGGGCACCUGCGACCUGCUCACACUCACGGAGUACAAGUGCCGCUGCCCCCCAGGCUGGUCAGGAAAGUCGUGCCAGCAAGCUGACGCAUGCGCCUCUAACCCCUGUGCCAACGGCGGCCAGUGCCUGCCCUUCGAGGCCUCGUACAUCUGCCACUGCCCAGCCGGCUUCCACGGCCCCACCUGCAGGCAGGAUGUCAACGAGUGCAGCCAGAACCCGGGGCUCUGCCGCCACGGGGGCACCUGCCACAACGAGGUCGGCUCUUACCGCUGCACCUGCCGUGCCACCCACACCGGCCCCCACUGUGAGCUGCCCUACGUGCCCUGCAGCCCCUCACCCUGCCAGAAUGGGGGCACCUGCCGCCCCACAGGGGACACCACCCAUGAGUGUGCCUGUCUGCCAGGCUUUACUGGCCAGAACUGCGAGGAAAAUAUCGAUGACUGCCCAGGAAACAGCUGCAGGAACGGGGGUGACUGCGUGGACGGCGUGAACACCUACAACUGCCGCUGCCCCCCAGAGUGGACGGGUCAGUACUGCACAGAGGAUGUGGAUGAGUGUCAGCUCAUGCCCAACGCCUGCCAGAACGGCGGGACCUGCCACAACACCCACGGCGGCUACAACUGCGUGUGUGUCAACGGCUGGACUGGCGAGGACUGCAGCGAGAACAUCGACGACUGUGCCAGUGCCGCCUGCUUCCACGGUGCCACCUGCCAUGACCGUGUGGCCUCCUUCUACUGCGAGUGCCCCCACGGGCGCACGGGUCUGCUGUGCCACCUCAAUGAUGCCUGCAUCAGCAACCCCUGCAAAGAGGGUUCCAACUGUGACACCAACCCUGUCAAUGGCAAAGCCAUCUGCACCUGCCCCUCGGGUUACACGGGGCCAGCCUGCAGCCAGGAUGUGGACGAGUGUGCACUGGGUGCCAACCCCUGUGAGCAUGCAGGCAAGUGCAUCAACACACUGGGCUCCUUUGAAUGCCAGUGUCUGCAGGGCUACACGGGCCCCCGCUGCGAGAUUGAUGUCAACGAGUGCAUCUCGAACCCAUGCCAGAAUGACGCCACCUGCCUGGACCAGAUUGGGGAGUUCCAGUGCAUCUGCAUGCCUGGCUACGAGGGCGUGUACUGCGAGGUGAACACAGAUGAGUGCGCCAGCAGCCCCUGCCUCCAUGGCGGCCACUGCCUGGACAGGAUCAAUGAGUUCCUAUGCCAGUGUCCCACGGGCUUUACGGGGCACCUGUGUCAGCAUGAUGUGGACGAGUGCGCCAGCACACCCUGCCGGAAUGGAGCCAAGUGCCUGGAUGGGCCCAACACCUACACCUGCGUGUGCACAGAAGGCUACACAGGGACGCACUGCGAGGUGGACAUUGACGAGUGUGACCCUGACCCCUGUCACUACGGCUCCUGCAAGGACGGUGUCGCUGCCUUCACCUGCCUGUGCCGGCCGGGCUACACAGGCCACCACUGUGAGACCAAUGUCAAUGAGUGCUACAGCCAGCCCUGCCGCCACGGGGGCACCUGCCAGGACCGCGACAACGCCUACAUCUGCUUCUGCCUGAAGGGGACCACAGGACCCAACUGUGAGAUCAACCUGGAUGACUGUGCCAGCAACCCCUGUGAUGCAGGCACCUGCCUGGACAAGAUCGAUGGCUAUGAGUGCGUGUGCGAGCCUGGCUACACGGGUAGCAUGUGCAGCAUCGACAUUGAUGAGUGUGCGGGCAACCCCUGCCACAACGGGGGCACCUGUGAGGACGGCAUCAAUGGCUUCACCUGCCGCUGCCCUGAGGGCUACCAUGACCCCACGUGCCUGUCCGAGGUCAACGAGUGCAACAGCGACCCCUGCAUCCACGGGGCCUGCCGUGACAGCCUCAACGGGUACAAGUGUGACUGUGACUCUGGAUGGAGUGGCACAAACUGUGACAUCAACAACAAUGAGUGUGAGUCCAACCCGUGUGUCAAUGGUGGCAUCUGCAAGGACAUGACCAGUGGCUAUGUGUGCACCUGCCGGGAAGGCUUCAGUGGCCCCAACUGCCAGACCAACAUCAACGAGUGCGCGUCCAACCCGUGUCUGAACCAGGGCACGUGCAUCGACGACGUGGCCGGGUACAAGUGCAACUGCCCACUGCCCUACACAGGAGCCAUAUGUGAGGUGGUGCUGGCCCCGUGUGCCUCCAGCCCCUGCAGAAACAGCGGGGAGUGCAGGGAAUCUGAGGACUUCGAGAGCUUCUCCUGCAUCUGCCCCAUGGGCUGGCAAGGGCAGACCUGCGAGAUCGACAUCAAUGAGUGUGUGAAGAGCCCAUGCGGGAAUGGCGCGUCCUGCCAGAACACCGACGGGAGCUACCGCUGCCACUGCCAGGCGGGCUACACGGGGCGCACCUGUGAGACAGACAUCGAUGACUGCCGGCCUAACCCGUGUCACAACGGUGGCUCCUGCACGGACGGCAUCAACACGGCCUCCUGCGACUGCCUGCCUGGCUUCCAGGGUGCCUUCUGCGAGGAGGACAUCAACGAGUGUGCCAGCAGCCCCUGCCGCAACGGCGCCAACUGCACCGACUGCGUGAACAGCUACACGUGCACCUGCCCCACGGGCUUCAGUGGGAUCCACUGUGAGAACAAUACUCCCGACUGCACAGAGAGCUCCUGCUUCAAUGGUGGCACCUGCGUGGACGGCAUCAACUCCUUCACCUGCCUGUGUCCACCCGGCUUCACUGGCAGCUACUGCCAGCAUGACGUCAACGAGUGCGACUCCCAGCCUUGUUUGCACGGUGGCACCUGCCAGGACAGCUACGGCACCUACAAGUGCACCUGCCCCCAGGGCUACACUGGUCUCAACUGCCAGAACCUUGUGCGCUGGUGUGACUCCUCGCCCUGCAAGAACGGUGGCAAGUGCUGGCAGACCAACACCCUGUACCGCUGCGAGUGCCACAGUGGCUGGACUGGCCUUUACUGCGACGUGCCCAGUGUUUCCUGUGAGGUGGCUGCACAGAGGCAAGGUGUCGACGUUACCCACCUCUGCCAGCAUGGAGGGCUUUGUGUGAAUACGGGCAACACGCACCAUUGCCGCUGUCAGGCGGGCUACACGGGCAGCUACUGCAAGGACCUGGUGGACGAGUGCUCGCCCAGCCCUUGCCAGAACGGGGCCACCUGCACUGACUACCUGGGGGGCUACUCUUGCAAGUGUGUAGCUGGUUACCAUGGGGCAAACUGCUCUGAGGAGAUUAAUGAGUGCCUGUCCCACCCCUGCCAGAACGGGGGCACCUGCAUCGACCUCGUCAACACCUACAAGUGUUCCUGUCCCCGGGGCACGCAGGGUGUGCACUGCGAGAUCAACUUGGAUGACUGUAACCCUCUGGUCGACCCCAUCUCCCGGAGCCCCAAGUGCUUUAACAACGGCACCUGUGUGGACCAGGUAGGCGGCUACAGCUGCACCUGCCCGGCCGGCUUCGUGGGUGAGCGCUGUGAGGGGGACGUCAACGAGUGCCUGUCCAAUCCCUGCGAUGCCCGCGGCACCCAGAACUGUGUGCAGCGCGUCAACGACUUCCACUGCGAGUGCCGUGCAGGCCACACUGGGCGCCGCUGCGAGUCAGUCAUUGAUGGCUGCAAGGGCAAGCCUUGCAGGAACGGAGGCACCUGUGCCGUGGCAGCCAACACCGCCCGUGGAUUCAUCUGCAAGUGCCCAGCGGGCUUUGAGGGCGCCACGUGUGAGAAUGACGCACGCACCUGCGGCAGCCUGCGCUGCCUCAACGGUGGCACGUGCAUCUCGGGCCCGCGCAGCCCCACCUGCCUGUGCCUGGGCUCCUUCACAGGCCCCGAGUGCCAGUUCCCUGCCAGUAGCCCCUGCGUGGGUGGCAACCCCUGCUACAACCAGGGCAGCUGUGAACCCACGUCUGAGAGCCCCUUCUACCGCUGCUUGUGCCCUGCCAAGUUCAAUGGGCUCCUGUGCCACAUCCUGGACUACAGCUUUGGGGGCGGCGCUGGGCGUGACAUCCCCCCACCACAGAUCGAAGAGGCCUGCGAGCUGCCCGAGUGCCGAGAGGACGCGGGCAACAAGGUCUGCAGCCUGCAGUGCAAUAGCCACGCAUGCGGCUGGGACGGCGGUGACUGCUCCCUCAACUUCAACGACCCCUGGAAGAACUGCACGCAGUCGCUGCAGUGCUGGGAGUACUUCAGCAAUGGCCGCUGCGACAGCCAGUGCAACACGGCCGGCUGCCUCUUCGACGGCUUUGAUUGCCAGCGCAUGGAGAGCCAGUGCAACCCCCUGUAUGACCAGUACUGCAAGGACCACUUCAGCGAUGGGCACUGCGACCAGGGCUGCAACAGCGCUGAGUGCGAGUGGGACGGGCUAGACUGCGCGGAGCACGUGCCGGAGCGGCUGGCAGCCGGCACGCUGGUGGUGGUGGUGCUGAUGCCACCCGAGCAGCUGCGCAACAACUCCUACCACUUCCUGCGCGAGCUCAGCCGUGUCCUGCACACCAAUGUGGUCUUCAAGCGCGACGCUCAGGGCCAGCAGAUGAUCUUCCCCUACUAUGGCCAUGAGGAGGAGCUGCGCAAGCACCCCAUCAGACGCGCUGCCGAGGGCUGGGCCACGCCUAGCUCCCUGCUCGGCCAGGUGAAGGCCUCACUGCUCCCCAGAAGCGGGAGUGGGCGCCGGCGCAGGGAGCUGGACCCCAUGGACAUCCGCGGGUCCAUCGUCUACCUGGAGAUCGACAACCGGCAGUGUGUUCAGUCGUCCUCACAGUGCUUCCAGAGCGCCACCGAUGUGGCCGCCUUCCUAGGGGCGCUCGCCUCGCUGGGCAGCCUCAACAUCCCCUACAAGAUCGAGGCCGUGCAGAGUGAGACGGUGGAGCCCCCGCGGCCCUCGCAGCUGCACUUCAUGUACGUGGCCGCGGCCGCCCUCGUGCUGCUGCUGUUCGCGGGCUGCGGGGUGCUGCUGUCCCGCAAGCGCCGGCGGCAGCACGGCCAGCUCUGGUUCCCCGAGGGCUUCAAGGUGUCGGAGGCCAGCAAGAAGAAGCGGCGAGAGCCCCUCGGCGAGGACUCUGUGGGUCUCAAGCCCCUGAAGAACACCUCGGAUGGCGCCCUCAUGGACGACAACCAGAAUGAGUGGGGGGACGAGGAUCUGGAGACCAAGAAGUUCCGGUUCGAGGAACCAGUGGUGCUUCCCAACCUGGAUGACCAGACCGACCACCGGCAGUGGACCCAGCAGCACCUGGACGCCGCUGACCUGCGAGUGUCUGCCAUGGCCCCCACGCCACCCCAGGGUGAGGUGGAUGCCGACUGCAUGGAUGUCAACGUCCGUGGGCCUGAUGGCUUCACGCCCCUCAUGAUAGCCUCCUGCAGCGGAGGGGGCCUGGAGACAGGUGACAGCGAGGAGGAGGAGGACGCUCCAGCUGUCAUCUCAGACUUCAUCUACCAGGGUGCCAGCCUGCACAACCAGACAGAUCGCACUGGCGAGACGGCCUUGCACCUGGCCGCCCGCUACUCGCGCUCUGACGCCGCCAAGCGCCUGCUGGAGGCCAGCGCUGAUGCCAACAUCCAGGAUAACAUGGGACGCACCCCACUGCAUGCCGCCGUGUCUGCUGAUGCACAGGGCGUCUUCCAGAUCCUGAUCCGGAACCGAGCCACAGACCUGGACGCCCGCAUGCACGACGGCACGACGCCGCUGAUCCUGGCCGCCCGCCUGGCUGUGGAGGGCAUGCUGGAAGACCUCAUUAAUUCACACGCCGAUGUCAACGCCGUGGACGAUCUGGGCAAGUCAGCCCUGCACUGGGCCGCCGCCGUGAACAACGUGGACGCCGCAGUCGUGCUUCUGAAGAACGGGGCCAACAAGGACAUGCAAAACAACAAGGAGGAGACGCCCUUGUUUCUGGCCGCCCGGGAGGGCAGCUACGAGACCGCCAAGGUACUGCUGGAUCACUUUGCCAACCGUGACAUCACGGACCACAUGGACCGGCUGCCACGCGACAUUGCACAGGAACGCAUGCACCAUGACAUCGUGAGGCUGCUGGAUGAGCACAACCUGGUGCGCAGCCCCCAGCUGCAUGGCGCCCCCCUGGGUGGCGCGCCAACCCUGUCACCACCACUCUGUUCCCCCAAUGGCUACCUGGGCAACCUCAAGCCUGCCAUACAGGGCAAGAAGGCCCGUAAGCCCAGCACCAGAGGACUGGCCUGUGGUGGAAAGGAGGCCAAGGACCUCAAGGCGCGGAGGAAGAAGUCCCAGGACGGCAAGGGCUGCCUGCUGGACAGCUCGAGCAUGCUGUCGCCCGUGGACUCCCUUGAGUCACCCCACGGCUACUUGUCGGAUGUGGCCUCACCACCCCUCCUGCCUUCCCCAUUCCAGCAGUCUCCGUCCAUGCCUCUCAACCACCUGCCCGGCAUGCCCGACACCCACCUGGGCCUCAGCCACCUGAACGUGGCAGCCAAGCCUGAGAUGGCAGCGCUGGGUGGGGGUGGCCGGCUGACCUUCGAGGCCGGCCCCCCACGCCUCUCCCAUCUUCCUGUGGCCUCCAGCACCAGCACAGUCCUCGGUGGCAAUGGCAGCGGGGGUGCUGUGAAUUUCACCACGGGCGGGGCCACGAGCUUGAAUGGCCAGUGUGAGUGGUUGUCCCGGCUGCAGAAUGGCAUGGUGCCGAACCAGUACAACCCGCUGCGAGGGAGUGUGGUGCCUGGCACACUGAGCACACAGGCCCCUGCCCUCCAGCAUGGCAUGAUGGGCCCACUGCAUGGCAGCCUCUCCGCCAACACCCUGUCACAGAUGAUGAGCUACCAGGGCCUGCCCAGCACGCGGCUGACCACCCAGCCUCACCUGGUACAGACCCAGCAGGUGCCACAGCAAAACUUGCAGAUGCCGCAGCAGAACCUGCAGCCUCCGAGCAUCCAGCCACAGCAGAACCUGCAGCCACCGCAGCCGCACCUGGGCGUGAGCUCAGCUGGCGCUGGCCCCCUGGGCCGGAGCUUCCUGGGUGGGGAGCCAAGCCAGGCAGACGUGCAGUCGCUAGGGCCCAGCAGCAUGGCAGUGCACACCGUCCUGCCCCCAGAGGGCCAGGCCCUGCCAACGUCACUGCCGUCCUCCCUGGUCCCGCCCGUGACCUCCGCCCAGUUCCUGACCCCGCCGUCUCAGCACAGCUACUCCUCCUCGCCUGUGGACAACACCCCAAGCCACCAGCUGCAGGUGCCGGAGCACCCCUUCCUCACCCCAUCCCCCGAGUCCCCCGACCAGUGGUCCAGCUCGUCCCCACACUCCAACAUCUCCGACUGGUCCGAGGGCAUCUCCAGCCCGCCCACCAGCAUGCAGCCCCAGAUCGCCCACAUUCCGGAGGCCUUCAAGUAAACAGCCGCCGCCCCGUGGGACCCCAGCUUCCUUUCCCAAGCCCUGCGGGAGCUUGCUGCGCUCCAGAUGCCAGCUGACCAAAGGAGCCUUUUCUGGAAAACAUGUUUUUAUACAAAAUAAGAGAACAAGGAUUUUAAUUUUUUUUUUUUUUAGUAUUUAUUUAUGUACUUUUAUUUUACACUGAAACACUGCCUUUUUAUUUAUAUGUACUGUUUC